GUUGUUACAGUGAACAGGCUGCCACCAUCCCAUACUUUAAACAUCCCACAGCACAACAUUAAAUCCAUCAUUAAAAAUGAGAAGAAUACGGCUUAACCUUGACUAUGAAAAAAGAGGGGAUUAGUCAGAGAAACAAGCAAGAGGCCAAGAGUAAGUCUGAAGGAGCUGGAGAGAUCCAGAUCUCUGAUGGGAGCAGCUGUUCCCAUAUAUUCCCAACUAUAGCUUGGAAAUGCCAUAAAACGACAUAAAACAUGCUAUUCUUAUUGUCAAAGUCACGAUCAGUUUAUAAUCCUUAUUACUACAGUGCAGUCAGUGUGUCUGUACCAUCUGUGUAGGUCCACUCUCAACUUGAGGCCUGUUUCUCUGCUGAGAUCAGAGGUUGAAUAAGGGGAAGAGCAAUCAGUGAGUAUUUCCAUGUUGUAGUUUUUUAAGUAAGCAGACUCGUACCCUAGGGAAAUCAGGUUUCCACAUUGUAAAUUCCUGACGUUCUGUUAUCGUUGUUGAUGCUCAAGAAAGGUUUGCAUAAGAAAUCUGAAAUGUGAAGAUGUUCCUACCCAGGUACGAUUUACAGAACAUCACUUGCAGCAAAGGUCAGAAACGUACAGAGCUACUGAAGAAGCAACAGCCUUCAAAUCUUCCCUUCACAGCUGUCCGUCCAUCAUGAAGCUGAAUCUGUUUCUCCUGUUUCUCACUGGUCUGGUCCCAGUCACUGUAUCCGUCCUGAGAACCGUCCCUCACAAUUAUAACCUGAUGAUGACACUGGUGACCUGGCCUGUUGCACAGAAUUACUGCAGGGUGAUGUACACUGACCUGGCAACAAUCCUGAGUGAUACUGACUGGCUACGAUUUGAGAAAGAAGCAGCAAGCAAACGUCUGACAACAUCUGCCUGGAUCGGAUUGUACAGUGAUCUCAAUAGCUGGCGCUGGUCCUUAAACGAUCUCCCACUGAAUGUCAGUUAUACCAAUUGGCGCACUGGACAGCCUGAUAAUUCUGGUGGAAAAGAAACAUGUGGUAUAAUAGGUAUAUAUGGUGAAUGGUUGGAUGACCAAUGUACAGAACUAAACCCUUUCAUAUGCUACAAUGGUGAGUCAACAUCCUGAUGUUAAUUUGCCUAGUCUUGGUUUGAUGGCUGGUUUUUCACAUUUUGGGUUGUAUCUUGGUAUCAUAUUGUCUGUGAGACAGAGACGUGACUUUUGUAUAUUUAUUUUUUCACAGCUAAUUUCAGUGGUGCUGCCAGGUUCAUCGGCAUCAGUAGUCCUUAUAUGACCUGGUCUCAAGCUCAAACUUACUGCCGAACACAUCACACAGACUUGGCCAGCUCUCUUAACAGCUCAGACAACGACAUGUUAUGGCAGGUGAAGAAGAUCCAAGGUGAUUCCUGGAUUGGGCUUUACAGAAACGCUUGGAAGUGGUCAGACGGGACCAUCGCUUCAAACAUCCCAUGGGCUCCUGGACAACCUGAUAAUUAUGGUGGCCGUCAGAACUGUGCAAGGUUUUAUAACGGACUGUUCUACGAUCAACAAUGCACCAACCUGUACUAUUUCUUCUGUCACACCAUUUACCCAGCGAGGAGUCAGAUAAUGGGACUGCAGGUGAAGUCUGAUGGGAGUGUGUUUGAUCCUGCUGUGCAGUCGUCCAUUUUAGAUCAGAUCAAACAGAAACUGGAGGGAAAAGGCAUGUUGGAGAACACCACAGUGACCUGGAAGGUGCAGCCAGAUGGAAACAUCUUCCACAAGAAAAAGGAUGAUCUGUAACGUCUAAAUGCUCACCUUCAAGUCAAGCAGAUUUCAAACUGACUGAAAUUUUAUUUAACCUACAACAUUUAAGCUUUAAUCAGUAGGCAGUGUCAGAGGACAAGAUUAGCCAGAAGUAGAGGAAUAAACAUAUUUAAUUGCUCUGAUUGGAACACGCACACUUUGACUUUGCAACCUAAAUUUUAAAGUCAGAUUUCACUGCAACUUUUUAAUAUUGAACAUGUUCAGCUUUUGCUGCAAGAGGCCACUGAACACAGUGAUAAGGAGAAAGUCAGAGAGGGUAUGUUCAAUACUGGGUUUAAUGCAUCAGUGUGUUGUAGUAAAGAAGAAUUCUUAUAUAGAAUAUAGUGAAUGUAACAGAACCUGUAAAUACACUGUGUGUACUUUGAACAGUCAUAUAUAAUGCACUUCAAAUUAUUACUGUCAUUUAUUUCUUCCAA